UUCUGCGAUUACCUCGCCUUGCGCACUCACACACACGUAUAAAUACUUAAGAAUUGAAAAAUCGAUGGAAGGUCAUCCUUGCUUUUGGGGCGAAGCAUUCGCAGAAUGGCUAUCCAAUCGAAACGAAUGCCUAAUUUCAUUCUUCUUCACUCCCUUGUUCAAAUUUUCAGGAUCGUUAACCAUUGGAGCAUAUCCAAUCUCAAUUCAGUUAUCACCCUUGCGCAUCGCAGUCCCAAUGUAUUCUUUCGAGAGUCUACAAACAAUUUUCUCUUAAUAAUUUUGAUCCUACAGUUUCCCUUCGAGAUAUCAUCACCCUUCGCGCAGAGGCCGAUUGGGGAAUGUUCUCAACUUGCUCUUCGCGUAGGGAAGCAAUUAUUUUAGGUUUUGGGCAAUUGAUCGCCCAAAUAUGAUGAUGAUGAUAAGUCCGUGCACUUUCCUUUGUUGGAUCAUCCUUACAAGCUCCUUCAAUAUUGAUGUGGUGCUUUCGAAAACAGAUUCCCAGCAAGUUUCAGCCCUCAAUGACAUGUAUCAGUAUUUGAAGCCCCAUUCCAAACUUGAUGGAUGGAAAUCCAAUGGAGGAAAUCCUUGUGAUGAUUCUUGGACGGGUGUCAAGUGUUCCGGUUCAGAUGUCACUGAAAUUAAUCUAUCUGGCUUGGGGCUCACUGGAUCACUUGGCUUCCAGCUUGAUAAGUUGGACAAAGUUACCUACUUUGAUGUGAGCAAAAACAACCUAAAGGACAACAUACCAUACCAACUUCCUCCUCGCACACAACACCUAGAUCUUUCUGGAAAUCAAUUUGGUGGAACUGUACCUUAUUCAAUUUCUCAGAUGACUGAGCUUAAAUCUAUGAAUCUUAAUCAUAAUAAGCUAAGUGGAUCACUGAGUGAUUUAUUUGGAAAACUUACAAAACUUACUGAGAUGGAUAUCUCCUACAAUUCAAUAUCAGGCAGUUUGCCUCAGAGUCUUAAAUCCCUCUCAAGCCUCAGCAAAUUGCAUAUACAGAACAAUCAGUUUACUGGAUCAAUAAAUGUUCUUGCGGAUCUUGAACUUGACGAUUUGAAUGUAGCAAACAACCAAUUUAAUGGAUGGAUUCCGAAUGAGCUGAAAGACAUCAAAAAAUUAGAGACUGGCGGAAAUAGUUGGUCUACUGGAUCAGCUCCUCCUCCACCUCCUGGGCAGAAAGCUAAACCACACACCAGGAACUCAGAUAAGGAAUCUGGAAAAUCUGGCCUGGGUAUAGGGGCCAUUGCAGGGAUAUUAUUGGGUGUUUUGUUGCUACUUAGUGUUAUAAUUGCUCUAUUGUCAAGGAAAAAAAGAUCAUCAUCUUCCUCCCAUUUUAUUGAAGAAGAUAAAUUUAGCCGACGUCAAACUUUUACUCCUCUUGCAUCUCAGGAGUUAUCUAGUAGCGUACGUGCCAACAUGCAGGAGGACUUCAGAGUUGCAGAGAAACAUUUGCAAACCUCUUCCUCAAUGGUUCUUAAGCGUCUUAAUUCAGAGCGUCACAAGUCUUUUAAUGAGAAGGAGAUGAAAAAUGUUCCACCUUCAGAUCAUGUCAAGUCGGCCAAUGAUAAAGAAUUCGCAAAUCCUAUGAAACAGAACAGUUCAGUUAAGUUAGAUCAUUAUCCUUUAGUUGAUUUGCAAAAUGCAACCAGUAACUUUGCAAGUUCUCGCCUUCUUGGUGAGGGAUCAAUUGGUCGAGUAUACAUGGCAAAAUAUCCGGAUGGCAAGGUUCUGGCGGUAAAGAAAAUAGACUCCUCCUUUUUCCGAGAUGGGCAGUGCACAGAAUUCACAGAAAUUGUUGGCAAUAUGUCCAAACUUCACCACACAAAUAUAGCUGAAGUUAUUGGUUAUUGUUCAGAGCAGGGACAUAAUAUGUUAAUCUUUGAGUAUUUUAGAAAUGGUUCACUUUAUGAAUUCCUUCAUGUGUCAGAUGACUUCAGCAAACCUCUUACAUGGAACACAAGAGUCAGAAUUGCUCUAGGGGUCGCCCGUGCUCUUGAGUACCUGCAUGAGGUUUGUUCUCCAUCAUGUCUCCACGGCAAUAUAAGAACUUCAAACAUUGUGCUCGAUGCUGAAUUGAAUUCUCGUCUCUGUGAGUGUGGCAUGGCAAUGUUUCAUCAGCGAUCAAGCAAAAACUUGGAUGCUGGAUACACUGCUCCAGAAUGCACAAAACCUUCUGCAUUUACUUUGAAGAGUGAUGUUUAUAGCUUCGGAGUUGUCAUGUUGGAACUGUUGACAGGGCGAAAGCCUUUUGACAGUUCAAAGCCAAGAUUAGAACAGUGUCUGGCCGAAUGGGCAUCGCCACAACUACAUGAUCUAGAUGCCUUAGAGCAAAUGGCUGAUCCUGCUCUGCGUGGACUUUAUCCUCCUAAAUCUCUCUCUAGAUUUGCCAAUGUGACUGCUCUGUGCGUUCAGCCGGAGCCAGAAUUUCGACCACAAAUGUCUGAGGUGGUCCGUUUAGUACAAAAGUCGAAUAUGAGCCAGAGAGGUGAUGAUGAUGAUUACUGAUAUAUACUUUCAGGUUCUCGGAGGAAAAAAAAGGAAGAAAAUCUUUUCAGACUUGAGAAGACGGGACUCCCAUUUUUUUUCUUACUUCAUCUUCUCCUUUUAGAAAAUCAAGUGUUUUUGGGUAGUGCAAACGCUUUCCAGUACUUUGAAGUCUAGUUGAAAGCAAUGAUCUGUUUGUCAUGGCAUAUCACGCCAAUAGCAGUCUCUUCUCUUGUUGAUAACUUCAUAUCCCCAUUCCAUUUUAUGUGGCUGGAUUUGAAGUACAAGGAUCAAGCUCGUUAAUUCUGUGUGAAUUUGGACACAAAUUCUUCAAUGUUUUUCUGAUCUGUGUUUUCUGUGGUGAUGCAAGAGGGAGAGUCAGUAGUUUAUGUUUCGAAUAUGGAAAGAGAUAUUGAGAUGGGAUCAAAUGCUGUUUUGUGCAA